GUAGAUUAUCUAUUAAGGUCGGGUAUGACACCGAAUGGAAUUUUAGAAUUAAAUGGUUCAUGGCUUUCAUCAUUACAUUAUUUAGCUUCACUGGAAAUAGUCGGACUACAUCCUACUGAUGAGAACAUUUUAACCAAUCCAAUUGAUUUCUUGUUAUCAUCAUCUGGGAAUAUUAUGUGGGCGAUUACAGUUUUAAUACAAUUAGCUAAAGGUUCUUCUAUCAUUCGUCAUGAAAUGUCACCAUUCACAGGAGCUAGAGCUUUUCUACUUGCUGCUUUAAAUAAUCUAGCAUCAAUUAAUCCUAUGGUACCACCUCCGCCGUCAUCAUCUGUUAAUGUUGCACCAACAUCCGGUCAUAUAGUUGGAAAGCAAUCUCGUCCCAGUGAUGCUUUCCAAUGGAUUCAUGCUUCUAUCAAACAUGAAUUACUAUUAGCUGAUUUAUUGGAGUACUUGAAUCCAUCAUCAGUGAAUCAUUUUAGUGGAAAUAACAGUCAUAAUAAUCCAUCACAUUCAAUCUCAAAAUCAACUCUUCAUACUGGACAAGUAUCAUUGAAUGAUUUAAUUAGACGAGUUAAAAUUUGUCUGUGUUAUGCUGCUGGUUUGUCGUCAAAUGCAAAUUCAUUGGAAACAAAAAUGGAAUCUAUGAAUUUGAUUGGUUUAUCUAAUGAAUUGAUUACUGCAGCCAGUUGUUUUCUUUUAAUGGUUAAAGAAUGUGAUUUCUUAUAUCCUAUGUCAAUUGCAUCGAAAUCUUCCAUUUCAUUACCGUCGGGAAAUAUUUCAUUUCGUGUCGCAUGUGCCGGUUCCUUAGACUUAAUUCGUAUUCUCUUACAUUUUCAUGAAGUAUUACAUUCAUCAUCAUCAUCAUCGCAUGAAAGUUCCAAUUCAACAACCACAUCAUCAUCAUCAUCAACAACAACAUCAGCAACAAUCAAUCCGCAUAGAAAUUUUGACAAACAAGAUUUUAAUCAUUUAAAGAAGAAUAUUUUAAGUGCCACCGUUAAAUUGGCUGAUGCGGACCGACUAAAAACUGUGAUCAAUGAAUUUUACGGAUUAAUUAUUCAUGGAUGUUUUGCUUCUGCAUAUAAUAAUUCACUUGAUACACUGAAUACUAAUGUUGUAACAUUAGCUGGAUCUGAACAACAACAACAACAACAGCAGCGAGGUUUUCGAAAUUAUCAUCCAGAUUCAUCAUCAUCAUCUACUCGUUCUGGAAUAAGUUUGCCUAGUUUAUAUAUUAUAGGUGAAAUGUUAGCAACUAUCGAUGAAAUUACCCAAUUAUUGUCUACUAUUGGAUUGAAAUUCCCAAUGGAUAAUAAACGCAGACUAUUCAGCCAUCAUUCAUUGAUCGGAUUACAAUUAUUAGAUUAUUUAAUUAUUAGUUUUGCUCAAAUUACACAUCAACUGUGUGGAAAAUUCAAUUUACACAUUUUAGAACAAUUGGUGAAUUGUUUUAAUUCCUCCAUUCAUCGUGUAGAGAAUAAUAAAAAUGACGAGUCAAUGAGUGAAGAAUCGUCGGCAACCACAGCAAUAGGGACCGCUAGUACCAUCAACACUGCGGAUACAUCUGGCGGCGGCGGCGGCGGUGGUGAUUCACAGUCCACUACAAAAUUACGUACAUCCCGAUGGGAUAAACCGAAAGAUAAUUUAUCCAAUAUGAACAAACACAAUCACACUAAAACUGCUACAACGAACAUUAAUAAUAAACGAUAUCAUUCUGACAAACAUUUAGCUAGUCAUAAAUCGGUGACAGUGUCAUUUUUAGAUAAACAACUAUGGACUUUAGACGUGGAAACAAAUUGUUCAGUCAGUGGUGAAUUGUUAUGUGAUCAUUUGAAUUAUUUAUUAAAUUGUGGCUUAACUGUUCAACCGCAAAGAAUAGAUUGGCUUAUAUUACGUGGGGAAAUAGAGUUUUUCGAGAAAAAUUACCGUCAGGCCUUGUCAACAUAUUUAGAAUUCGGUAGUAUUGUUACGGAUUCGUUCUCAAAGAAUGUUUUAUCAACUUAUUUUACAAAAGAGCUGGUGUUUCGUAUGAUGUGUUGUCUUCAAUAUCUUGGAUUAUUUUAUGAAAGUGUCGUCCUUGCACAAUUCGAUCCAUCAACUGAUGAAUGUCUUGUGGACAAUGUUGUUCAACUUAUUAAUAGUUUAGGUGAAAAUUCUAAUGGUUGGCCAAUAACUCAAAUUGAUACUUUUAGUACUGCAGUUGUAAACCAACAACCAUGUACUUUUGAUAAUAGUACUUCUUUGGAUUGUUUACGUGGAUCUUGUGGCGGUUCACUUCUUCAUAGUACUUUGGAUUGUCCUGAUAGUUUAAUACCUUAUUUAUGGAAUAUUCGUUUACUGUCAGCGCUGGAAUGUUCAGCUUCAAAUCGUGGUGCAUUUUCACAGUCUACCAAAUUUAAAGCUCGAAUCAACAAUCCUGAACUCAAUGCUAAUAACCCAGAUGAAAUAUUAUUGGAAAAUAGAUGUGCCUUAAAUCUUGGAUAUCUUCGUUACUUGUCUAAUGUAUAUUUGAUCUAAUGAGAUUAAUUCUGUGUGUACAUAACAGUUUUCUAUAUUUUUGUACAGUUCUUUAUUAACAUUUUGAUAUUUUAGUACGAUUCUGUAAAUAUCCUGUUUCCAGUUAUUAGAUAUUAGCACUUUAAAUAAUACUAGUGAUGUAUGUCCUCCAUGAAUUGAUCGUUACGUAUACUUACCAAUGGUUUCUUGAUACAUGUCAAUUGCGUGAACAGUUGAAAUUUUCAAAAAUGC